UUCGCCCUCGCUGUCGCUGUUGCUGUCGCUGCUACUAUUCCCUACCAUCGCUGAAUGAGAAUCCCAUGUCGCGACUUCUCUCCAUCUCCCUCUUUGAGCUAUUCAAUCGUUAUGAAUUUGGAAGGGAAAGAAGAACUUCGUGCGUAUCAGAUGUGUCGGCCAACAACGGUGGCAUCACACAGCAGCAGUGGUAUUUUAUUCACGAGUGGAUGGAGAAACUGAAAAUGAUCUUUUAAAGGUACUUCGCUCCACCCAAUUGAAUCGAAAGCAUCAAACCAAAUCCGGGUCCUUCUUUCACAACGAAAAGUUUCAAUUUUUUUUUUCGUUCUGGGCGCAGCCGAUUAUAAUUCUAAACGAAUUUGAUUUCGUUAUUUCGUUUAGAUCAUGAAUGCUCAAGGUCAUCUCCUCAAACGCUGGCCUGUUCGAGUUCUUCGAUUCCAUUGCUUCCAGCCUCUUUCUUCGACCCCUUUGUUAAAUUCUGUUCCUGCCAUCGAUUCCCACCUAGUUUCCCUCUGUGAGAAACUGACUCCGCAAAACGCCAGAGAGGCUUUUUCUCUCUUUCAGAGUGCCGUCGAUUCCGACUCCCUACCUUCUGGAUUAACUUGCAACUCACUCAUGGGAGCUCUCACGAGGACAAGAAAUUACGAAAUGGCUCUAUCAGUUUAUGGUAAGAUGACUCGUGCAAAUGUUUUACUGGGUUUCAGAACACUUUGUUGUUUAAUUGAAUGUUUUAUUAGUACUCAUGAGGUGAAAGUAGCAUUUGGAGUGGUGGGUUUGAUUAUAAAGAAGGGUUUUGUAGUUAGUACAUUUGUGAUUAAUAUUAUGUUGACGGGGUUGUGUCGAAUUGGUAAUGUGGAGAGAGCAACAGAGUUGUUUCAUGAAAUGAAAAGAUUUUGUAUAUCACCUGACGUGGUUAGUUAUAAUGUGCUGAUGAAUGGACUCUGCAAGACCAAUAAAUUUGAAGAAGCUCUUCGAUUUCUUGAAGAAAUGGAGGGGACAUGCCAGCCAAAUAAAGUGACGUAUACGACCAUGGUGGAUGGGCUUUGUAAAGGUGGAAGACUAGAUAUAGCAGAGGGUUUAUUAGAGAGAAUGAAGAAGAAGGGAUUGCAGGGGGACGUCAUUAUGUAUAGCGCGCUUAUAAGUGGUUUUUGUAACAAUGGAAAUUUCUCUAUGGGAAAAGAAAUUUUCAAUGAGAUGCUAGAGAUGGGAAUUUGUCCUAAUGUAGUUACAUAUAGUUGUUUGAUGCAUGGUUUAUGUAAGGAAGGGCAAUGGGAAGAAGCAAAGGCAAUGUUGGACCGUAUGACGGACCAUGGUAUUGUUCCUGACGUUGUAACUUAUACGUGCUUAAUUGACGGACUUUGCAAAAACGGGAGAGCCAAGCAAGCCUUGAACAUAUUAAAUUUGAUGCUAGAGAAGGGUGAAGAACCUAAUACCAUUACAUAUAAUGUUCUGAUAGAUGGUCUGUGCAAAGGAGGACUAAUAGAGGACUCUUGUAAAGUAUUGGAUAGGAUGAUAGAGAAGGGGAAGAAGCCUGAUGUUGUUACUUAUAAUACAUUGCUCCUGGGACUUUGUAAGGAUGGGAAGGUUGAUGAAGGAAUUAAACUUUUUAAUUUGAUGUUGAAAGAUAACUGCUAUGUUAACCCAGAUGUUGUCACCUUUAAUAUGCUGAUUCAAGGGCUCUGUAAUGAAGGUCGUGUUGAGGAGGCCAUGGAGGUCUAUAAUACAAUGGCUAAACACGGAAUAUUGGGCAACUUAAUGACUAUCAAUUUUAUAAUUGGGGGUUAUCUUGAAGCAGGAAGGGUUAACAAGACUAUGGAGCUGUGGAAACAUGUACUGAACUUGGGAUUUGUUCCUAAUUCAAUUACCUACAGUAUGAUGAUUAAAGGACUUUGCAGCUUGGGUAUGAUUAGUAUGGCUAAAGGAUUUUUUGGUACGAUGAGGACACAUGGGCCUAGCCCAACUCUGAUUGAUUACAACACAUUGAUUUCAUCCAUGUGCAAGGAAGGUAGUUUAGAACAAGCUAAGAGAUUGUUUCAAGAAAUGAGUCAUGUAAAUUUAGAACCAGAUAUUGUAACCUUCAAUACCAUAAUUAACGGGUCUAUGAAAGCUGGGAAUUUAUCGUAUUCCAAAGAACUACUAAUUGAUAUGAUUGGGAAAGGCCUAGCUCCCGAUGCUUUGACAUUUUCAACAUUGAUUAAUCGGUUAUCAAAAACUGGUCUGUUGUGUGAAGCAAAAAUUGUUUUUGAGAAAAUGGUUGCUUGUGGCUUGACUCCAGACGCCUUUGUAUAUGAUUCUUUACUAAAGGGAUUUAGUUCAAAGGGUGAGACUGAGGAAAUUAUUGGCUUGCUCCAUCAAAUGGCAGAAAAGGGAGUUGUUCUUGACCCAGAAUUAACUUCCACCAUCUUAACAUGCCUUUGUCAGAGUUCAGAUUAUCUCGAUAUUGUGGAGUCAAUGCAGAAGUUUUCCCAACAAAGUUCUGAUGGAAAACAUAUUACAUGCAAUGAAUUGUUACUGAAACUUGAUAAAUCUUAUCCAGAGCUCAAGUUAACCGUUGGAAAAUCAUAGUAAAGACCAGAUAUAAUAUCUUAAGACUCGACUUGAUAUCUCGUCUUCUGUUCUGUUCUAAGCAAGUCUUGGAUUCUUGCAUUUUUAUAUCCAUCUUCUCAAGGUUUACCUCACAGACAUUCUUUAUCAACAGGGAUAUGCUCAUGGUGAACCAAUGGGAGUGUGAUUGUUCAACAGACGAUUGCUAAGAAACCUGGGGAUAUUUCUGUUGCUCUGCUGAAUAUGAGGCUAUAUUUGUGGUACCCCCAUGUGCCUUUCUAUUCCAUAUCAGUGGGAGGUGAAGAACACCAUGCUGCUGAUGCAGCUACUUUUGCCCCAAAUGCUCAAGCAGGACAAGUGGGUUGAUUGACUGGUAGGAAGCAGGCGAUUUGACUGGGAAAGUUGAAGUUGUCACUGGUAUACCUACGGUAGAGACCUUUUUCCACUUCUUCUAAGCUCUCGUGUGGCAAGGCAAUGGGUUUAGUAUGCUUCCAUAUUUUGACUGGAUCUGACUCAGAUUUUUUGAAGACAAUUUCAGAGAUUUUGUUACAUCAUGGAAGAAAAAGCUAAGUUAUCUCACUUUCUUUAGAUGUACUGUUUAUUUGCUUCAUACCACCAUUCUGGUUCUGUGUUUUGCUUCCAUAUUCUGAAGGAAAUAUUACAUUCUUCCAUAUACACAUACACCCUCUAGUAAGGACUAAGGUCAUUACUUUUUCUGGGAUAGGAGACCAGAAAUUUUAUUCUAAAUAAAAGAUACAAAGGCUGAGAAAUUCUCCAAAAA